ACCUCUCUCCCUCUGACUCGUUGGUGUUUUUGUGCUGUCGAAAAACAAUCGAUUGUCGAGAGAAAGACGUUGAAAGUGGACGUCUUUUAUUUUGCGUAUUGUGGUGUUUGCAUUUAAACUAUCGAGUAUUGUAAUAGUGCAUUUUCUAUGAUGCAGGGUCAAGACGCUGCUAAUGUUCAGAGCCAGAUAAGUUUGAACAACGGAGUACCCGUUCAGGGAAAUAGUAUUGGUACACAAUUCAUCAUCAAGAUGAACGAUGCCAUUGCACCUUUGUCUUCCGUGGGGCUGUUGGAGCUUGCACACAGAGAAUAUCAAGCCGGGGACUAUGAAAAUGCCGAAAGACAUUGCAUGCAACUUUGGAGACAAGAUCAAACAAACACAGGAGUUUUACUGCUUCUGUCGAGCAUACAUUUUCAAUGCAGACGUUUGGAAAAAUCCGCACAUUUCAGCGGUUUGGCAAUAAAACAAAACCCCCUGCUUGCUGAAGCCUACAGCAAUUUGGGGAAUGUUUACAAAGAAAGGGGACAGCUUCAAGAAGCUUUGGACAACUACAGACAUGCCGUUAGGUUGAAGCCUGACUUCAUUGAUGGCUACAUUAAUCUUGCUGCAGCUUUAGUUGCAGCUGGAGACAUGGAACAAGCUGUUCAAGCUUAUAUUACAGCUUUACAAUAUAACCCAGAUCUCUACUGUGUACGUAGCGAUUUGGGUAAUCUACUUAAAGCGCUUGGUCGCUUAGAUGAAGCCAAGGCGUGCUAUUUGAAAGCCAUAGAGACGAGACCGGACUUUGCGGUCGCCUGGAGCAAUCUAGGUUGCGUUUUCAACGCGCAAGGCGAGAUCUGGUUGGCCAUACAUCAUUUCGAGAAGGCCGUGGGAUUGGAUCCCAACUUUUUGGACGCCUACAUCAAUUUGGGGAACGUUCUCAAAGAGGCCAGGAUUUUUGACAGAGCGGUAGCAGCCUAUCUACGCGCCCUCAACCUAUCGCCCAACAAUGCGGUCGUACACGGCAACCUGGCCUGCGUAUACUACGAGCAAGGCCUCAUCGAUCUCGCUAUCGACACCUAUCGGCGCGCGAUCGAACUACAACCUAACUUUCCCGACGCCUACUGUAACCUGGCCAACGCCCUCAAAGAGAAAGGCCAGGUGUCCGAGGCCGAAGAGUGUUACAACACGGCCUUGAGGCUGUGCCCGUCGCAUGCCGACUCUUUGAACAACCUGGCGAACAUCAAAAGAGAGCAGGGUUACAUCGAAGAGGCUACGAGGUUGUAUCUGAAAGCUUUGGAGGUGUUCCCGGAAUUUGCCGCGGCUCACAGCAACUUGGCUUCAGUCUUACAGCAACAAGGCAAACUUACUGAAGCUUUAAUGCAUUAUAAGGAAGCCAUCCGCAUACAACCGACGUUUGCCGAUGCGUAUUCCAACAUGGGUAACACUUUGAAGGAAAUGCAGGACGUAUCGGGUGCGUUGCAGUGUUACUCGAGGGCUAUACAGAUAAACCCGGCGUUUGCCGAUGCCCACAGUAAUUUGGCUAGCAUUCAUAAAGACUCCGGUAAUAUUCCCGACGCCAUACAAUCGUAUAGAACGGCUUUGAAGCUGAAGCCGGAUUUCCCCGAUGCUUACUGUAAUUUGGCUCACUGUCUUCAGAUUGUUUGCGAUUGGACGGACUACGAUGCGCGGAUGAAGAAGUUGGUGAAUAUAGUUGCAGAUCAGUUGGAGAAAAACCGUCUGCCUUCGGUGCAUCCCCACCAUUCGAUGUUGUAUCCAUUAUCGCACGAAUUUAGAAAGGCUAUCGCCGCCCGACAUGCUAAUCUGUGCUUGGAGAAGAUUAAUGUGCUCCACAAGCACCCGUUUAAAUUCUCGAUGGAGUUACAGAGUCGGAGGUUGCGUAUCGGUUACGUGAGCAGCGAUUUCGGUAAUCACCCCACCUCGCAUUUGAUGCAGUCGGUUCCGGGUCUUCACGACCGUUCCAGGGUCGAAAUUUUCUGCUACGCUUUGAGCCAGGACGACGGUACCACCUUCAGAAGCAAAAUUUCGCGCGAAGCCGAGCACUUCAUCGACCUAUCCUCCGUGCCUUGCAACGGCAAGGCUGCCGAUAGGAUCUACGCGGACAAAAUCGACAUUCUCGUCAACAUGAACGGUUACACGAAAGGCGCGCGCAACGAAAUAUUCGCUUUACGUCCGGCGCCGGUGCAGGUGAUGUGGCUGGGGUAUCCAGGAACUUCCGGCGCGAACUUCAUGGACUACUUGAUCACCGACGCCGUCACCUCGCCCGUCGAGGUCGCGAGCCAGUACAGCGAGAAGUUGGCGUACAUGCCGUACACGUACUUCGUAGGGGAUCACAAGCAGAUGUUCCCGCAUCUGAAGGAGCGGUUGAUCGUCAGCGACAGGAGCGGAAACGGGUUGGCGGACAACGUCGCCAUCAUCAACGCGACGGAUUUGUCGCCGCUGGUGGAGACUACCGAUAUCAAGGAAAUCAAAGAGGUCGUAAAGGCAAUAAAACCUGUGGAAAUCAGCCUGAAAGUGGCCGAGCUACCCACGACCACCCAGAUCGAGAACAUGAUAGCCGAAGGCCACCUCCAGACGUCGCUCAACGGCGUGAUGGUCCAAAACGGUCUGGCGACCACGCAAACCAACAACAAGGCGGCGACGGGCGAGGAGGUGCCCCAAAACAUCGUGAUCACGACCAGGCAGCAGUACGGCCUGCCGGACGACGCGGUGAUCUACUGCAACUUCAAUCAGCUGUACAAGAUCGAUCCCGUCACGCUGCACAUGUGGGUGAACAUUCUGAAGGCGGUGCCCAAUGCGGUGCUGUGGCUGUUGAGGUUCCCCGCGGUCGGCGAGCCCAACUUGCAGGCUACCGCUCAAGCUUUGGGGCUACCACCAGGCAAAAUAAUCUUCAGCAACGUUGCUGCGAAAGAAGAGCACGUACGCAGAGGCCAGCUGGCCGACGUGUGCCUCGACACUCCUCUCUGCAACGGCCACACCACGAGCAUGGACGUUUUGUGGACCGGCACCCCGGUCGUGACCUUGCCCGCGGAGACUCUGGCCAGCAGGGUGGCCGCCAGCCAGCUGCACACCAUCGGCUGUCCGGAGUUGAUCGCCAAGUCCAGGCAGGAGUACCAGGAGAUCGCCAUCAGGCUGGGAACAGACAAAGAAUACUUAAAAGCAAUGAGACACAAAGUGUGGACGGCCCGGUCCACGUCUCCAUUGUUCGACUGCAAAAUCUACGCACAGGGGCUCGAACUACUUUACCAAAAAAUGUGGGAGCGUUUCGCCGCCGGUCACAAACCCGACCACAUCACCGACACCACAGUCAACAAAUUUCCGGCAGUCUGUCAGUAAAUCGACUGCGCGCUGAAUUUAUCUCUUCUCUCAAAUUAUUUCGGUUUCUUUUAUUAUUAGGCAUAGAACUUUUUUUUACUAGUGACUACUCGAGAUGACUUGUGUAUAUUUUAGCUUAAGGUUGGAAGAUGCGACUUGACUUGAGUCGCUGACACUUAUUUAUAAAUAUUAUAUAUUUGUUUAAGUUACAAAUAAAUAUUGGAUGUUUAUUUCCUCA